AUGAUAACGAUGCGUGGAAAUAAUGUAUUAAAGAAUUGUUAUGAAAAAAUAAUUGGCAAUUCUAUAGGACAUAAUACUAGUGUAAGAAAACUAUCAUUUUAUAAAAGAUGUAAUUUAUUUGUAGAUAAUUCAAACUUACAUUAUAUGAAUAUUCAGAAAGAAAAAUGUAAUAAAAUAAAUAACCCAUUUUUAAUAAAUUAUCGAAAUAUAGUUAGUAAUACAACUACAAAAUUAAACAAAAAUAAUUACAUCGAAAAUGGUAAUAAUGAAGAAGAUAAAUUUUUUGAAGGAGAACAUAUGAAUAGGCAAUUAGGAGGAUAUGGAUAUCCUAUGAUGUUUAUUGUUACUUAUGAUAGGCCAAGUUGGCAACCAUUUUGGGAAAAUGAUUGUGAUGUUAUUCCAAGAGAUGAAUUUGGAAUACCUGCCAGUAUACCUCCUGAAGUAUCAACAAAUAUAAAACAUACAUAUUAUGUUCCUCCACAAUUUUAUAUGUUUUUAAAAAAAUUAGGUGAUGAUACUGCUGAAUUAAAACCAUAUAUGACUAAACUAAUACAAGGAGAAUUUACUUAUGAUGAUUAUCAAGAAAUGUUUUAUAAAUUUGCAAAACCUUUAAAAAUAUUUAGAAAAAAAAUUCCAGUUCCAUAUAGAUCUGCUGAAGAAAUAAAACACGAAGAAAAUAUUAAAUGGCAAUCAGCUUGGUAUACAUAUAGACAAAAGGUUUUAGCAGAAUAUAAUGUAACAAUGUGUUUAAGAGAAUUUAUUUUAUAUAUGACAGUUGGAUUAUAUUUUGCAUACUUAUGGCUUGAUGCUUUAAGACAAUAUCGUCUUGAUAUGAAACUUUUUUAUUUAGAAGCUCCUGAACACAAAAUAAAUUGGGUAAAACCAAGAGGAGAUCUUGUAUAA